AUGGAUAUUGGAAGUAAUUCUAGUAGUGAUGGAACUGAGAAUCCUACCCCGAAUUCCAACAAUCCUACUCCCAAUUCCAACAAUCCCCCCCUUGCUAGCCAUAAUGACUCCACAUCUGGAACCCCAUCAGUUCGCGGGAAAAAAGAUCCUGCAUGGGCACAUGUUGCUUUAAGAAAAGAGGGCAACAAAAAUGUGUAUACAUGUCUUUAUUGUGCAUUGAGUUAUAAAGGAGGUGGAAUAAAUAGAUUGAAGCAUCAUCUUGCUGGUAUAAGUGGAAAUGUAGGUUCCUGUAGUAAAGUUCCUUUUGAUGUUCGUUAUCAGAUGCAAGAAUCAUUAAAAAGUGGGAAAAAGAGAAAGCUUGUCGAUGUACAAGCAGACAUGGAGGAACAUGUGUCUAAUGCUAAUGAACCCAAUACACCUGCUCCAUCUAAGUCAAUCCCUGAGAGUUCCCAACCAGGCAUUAAGAGUGCAUUUGCAACUAAAGAAGCACAACACAGUGCAAAAAUGGCCAUUGCUGAAUGGGCGAUCAUUAAUUGUAUUCCAUUUAAUGCAUUAGAUUGCCCAUUCUUUCAAAAAGCUAUGGAUGCUAUUGCUUCAAUUGGGCCGGGGUUUAAGGGUCCUACUGCUUAUGAAUUUAGAGUUAACUUGUUGAAUGAUUGGAAAAAAGAAUGUCAGCUACUUAUUGAGAGUCAUCGAUCUAAAUGGAAAACUUAUGGAUGUACACUCAUGGCUGAUGGUUGGACAGAUGUGAGGCAACGAACUUUGAUAAAUUUUCUUGUCUAUUUUACACAUGGCAUAGUAUUUGUAAAAUCUGUUGAUGCUUCUGAUUUAGUGAAAGAUGCCAAGACUUUAUUCUCAUUGUUUUCUGAAGUGAUUGAGUGGGUUGGUCCCAAAAAUAUUGUACAUGUGGUGACUGAUAAUGCUGCUAAUUAUGUAGCAUGUGGCAAGUUGAUUAAAGAGAAAUAUAAAAGUAUUUAUUGGUCACCUUGUGCUGCUCAUUGCUUGAAUCUUACUUUGAAAGAUAUUGCAAGUAUGUCUCAUGUGUCACAACUUGCAACAAAGGCAUCAAAGAUCACUGAAAAGAAAGGGUUGGAAGAAAUUGUGCGUCCUGGUGCGACAAGGUUUGCUACAACAUUUAUCACAUUGCAUAGCAUAUAUAUGCACAAGCAUGACUUACAAGCUUUAAUCACUGAUAAGCAUUUUGUGGAUCACAAAUUAUCAAGGACCGAAGCUGGAAUAAUUGUUAGUGCCAUCAUAUUAGAUAAUCGGUUUUGGAAUGAAUGUCUUGAAGUUGUGAAGAUUGUGUCUCCUCUUAUAAAGUUGUUGAGAAUUGUUGAUUCAGAUGAGAAGCCUUCUUUGCCUUAUGUUUAUGAAGGCAUGCAAAGGGCAAAAAAAGCAAUUAAGGCAGUCUUCACCAAUAAGAAAGACCAAUACAAGCCUUACACAGAUAUAAUCCAAGCCCGAUGGGAUAAGCACUUGAAGACCAAUCUUCAUGCAGCAGCAUAUUUGUUGAACCCUGCCUUCUUGUAUGAUGAUGACUUUGUUCAUAAAAGAAGGUUAAUGGAUGCUAUGCUUUCAGUGUUUGAGUCAACUGAAAAUGAAGAUGUUGAUUAUAUUGUGAUGAUGAAGCAGUUGAGCUUGUAUCGUGACCGUAAAGAAUCUUUUGAUAAAGCUUCAUGUCAUAGAGCAGCACAGAAGCUAGACCCUUAUGAAUGGUGGUCGUUUUAUGGAAGUUCUGUUCCAGAGUUGCAAAAUCUUGCAAUGCGUAUUCUUAGCCAAACUUCUUCCUCUUCUGGUUGUGAGAGAAAUUGGAGCUUGUUUGAACGCAUCCAUACCAAAAGAAGAAAUAGAUUGGAACAUCAAAGACUAAAUGAUUUAGUCUUUACAAACUACAAUCUACGAUUGAAGAAUAGGAGCCAAUUGAAGAAAAAGACAAGUUUUGAUCCAAUUGAUUAUGAAUCUAUUGACAAAUUGGACUUUUGGAUUGCUGAAGAGGAACAAGAGCCAGCUCCUGAGUUUGAUGCUGAUGAUGUCACUAAUUUGGAAAGUGCUAUGCAUAAUGAGAAUGUUGUAGCUUCAUCAGCUUCUGAGAGAAAUAAUGAAGGGGAAGAAGAUAUGAAUAUUUCAGAGCAUCCACAUUUGAAUGAUGAUGUUGGAAGUGGUUCUGGUUUCUCUCAAUCAUCUCCUAAUGUUUCAAUCCUUACUCCCGGAGAUUUGAAUGAAAUUAAUGAGGAUUUUGGUGUUGAUUAUUAUUAG